CAAACUAGUGAGUAAGCGUGCGAGCGUUUGAAUUCAAGUUAGAAAGAAACUUUACUGUCGGAUAUUAGUCACGUUCUGCUUCACAGCAGAGCCACGGAGCCACAUCGCAGCGCUGCCUCGGUACAACACAGGCUGGAGUCACAGUCACGUCUGUUAAAGUUUGAUAUCAACUUGAGCAUCGAAUUUUAAAUAGCUCCUGGUUUGUUCCGGCUAACGGUACAGGCGUCGCUGCUCGAGGAGACUCCACUCCACCUGAAAUGAAAGCGGGCGUCCACUGCCGUUGCUCAAAAUGCUACUCGGUUCCAGCACGGAAGCGGGUGAGUAAGCGACCUCCAGCCCUGACUUUGCUGUCUCUGCCUGAGGAGGUCCUCCUCUGUGUUCUCCAGUGCCUCUCUGCCGAGGACCUGCUGUCUGUCAGGGCGGUUCACUCCCAGUUGCGGGACAUAGUUGACCACCACUCCAGUGUCUGGGCCAGGGUCAGUUUCAGGGACACGUGGCCAUCCCCCACAACCUUAUGGCUUUUCGAAAGAGCUGCUGAGAAAGGGAAUUUUGAAGCUGCUGUGAAACUAGGCAUUGCGUAUUUGUACAAUGAAGGACCAUUGCUGAGCGAUGAGGGCCGAGCGGAUGUGUGUGGUCGUAAGGCCUCCCACUUCUUCAGCCUGGCAGAGAGCCUGUGCCCCCCCACGGCAGAUCCCUUCAUCUGGGUGUUCAUCCGUCCUCCGUGGUCGCCCACCGGCAGCUGCUGCAAGGCCGUCGUGUUUGACCGUAUCAAGGCCGAGUGCGAAACCAACGUAGAGAAGAGGGGCCCAUUGUUGCACUGUCUGGCGAGAGUUUUGCAGCUGUUUGAAGGGGGUGAAAAACACUCAGAGGCCAUAUCCAUGCUGGAGCAGUCUUCACAGGCUGGCUGUCUUCAGAGCUCCUACCUGUUGUGGGAGCACAACCGUAAAGCAGCUAUGGCAGAUCCAGGCCGGUACCUCCAGUGUGUCCGAACCCUCAGGGACUAUGCUGGCAAAGGAUGCUGGGAGGCACAGUUUUCCUUGGCCAAAGUGUGCGGCACUGGGAACCCACUGGGUUUGGAGGCAAAGGCCUGCUCUGACUUGGUGGCCCAGCUCUUUAGUUUGUCUAACCUGGCUUCACAGCGCUGCUCUCAGGCCAUCCUCAGACGAGGAAUCAAGGACACCAUGAGGUACAUCCUGGUGGACUGGCUCGUGGAGGUGACCACCAUGAAGGACUUCUCCAGCCUCACACUUCAUGUCACCGUGGGAUGUGUUGAUCGUUACUUGGCUCUCCGCUCUGUGCAAAAGGCUCGCCUUCAGCUAUUAGGCAUCGCCUGCAUGGUCGUUUGUACACGCUACAUGAGUAAAGAAAUCCUGACCAUACGUGAGGCUGUUUGGCUUACUGACAACACCUACAAAUAUGAGGACCUGGUUCGAAUGAUGGGAGAGGUCAUCUCUGUGCUUGGAGGAAAGAUCAGAAGCCCAACACUGCUGGACUAUGGGGAGGUGCUCCUGUCUCUGCUCCCCCUGGAGAGGAGGACCACUCACCUCUUCGGCUACAUCUGUGAGCUGUCACUGCUCUACUCUGCUCUCGCCGAACCGCAACCCGCCAAACUGGCCUGUGCUGCACUCCUUCUCACACGGGCACUACAUCACUAUGCUCCAGUCUGGCCCGGCCAGUUGGCUGACAACACAGGCUUCUCCAAGCAAGACCUUGUCUCUCUUUCCGUGCUGCUCUAUGUCAAGUGUUUCAGUCCAGAUGUUCCUAAAGACUACAGACACGUGUCCCUAACUGGAGUCAAGCAACGGUUUGAGGAUGAUCUCUACCAGCACAUCAGCAAAGAAAAGGUGAUGGAUUAUAAAGAACUGUGUCAGAUCCUGGAGAUUCCUGAGGUGGAGCCUCAGAUGGAGCCUCCCAGCCCGACUGGUCAACCAGCAGAUAUCCACACCUUCCUGGCUUCUCCAUCAAGCACCAGCAAGAGGAGACGCGAUGACGGCAUGCAGAGCCACAGAGCCAGCUUUGUGGCCACGCCCACGGCCGAGCUAUCCAGUCAGGAGGAGAAGCUGGUCGGCGACAUUCUGGACUGGAGCUUGGACACUUCCUGUUCAGGUUAUGAGGGGGACCAGGAGGAAGAAGGCGUGGGGGAGAAAGAUGGUGAUUGUUCAGUGAUAUCCAUCAAUCUGCUCCCUCUGAACGACGGAGAUGAAAAAGUCAAGCUCUGCAGAGCUCUGUCCAGUGAUGAAGACAGUUUUUGUGAAGUGGAAAAGGAGGUGAAAACAGAUUCCCAAGGCCAAGAACCCCUCUCCUCCUCUACAGACCUUCACAGUUCAGGCUACUCCUCUGUCCAGAGCGUGAGCCCCUCGUCCACCUGCUCCUCCACGCCCCUUGUGCCUUGCACGUUUAAGACCUAUGUGCCUUCCUUGGGUGUAGCCUCGGCCAACGCCCAACCAGGCUUCCAUCUUCUGGUUCCCAUGCAGAGGCCCCGGGGCACGUCCAGCAAACAAGUGAAGAGGAAGAACUCUGCAGCUCAUAGCGGAGGCGAGAUAGAAAGAGAAGAGGAUGAGGAAAGGGAAGAGGACAGGUAUUCUAACAGUGUUGGGUUUCUGAGCCUAUAGAUGCUGGUUAUUUUCUGCUCCAGCACUUCAUCAGUUCUCGACGUUGAUCUUCUCUCCUCUCAGUCUCCUCUCAGUCUGCACUGGUCCGUCAACUGUGCGAAGACCAGGACAUUUUGAGUUUAAGACAAGUAAGGGAAAAACAUGAAUAACCUAGAAACUUGCUUGUUUAACAAUACAUUUCUUUCAUUGUCUACAGUUAUUAGAAUACCUCCCAUGAAACUAGACUCACAGUCAGCUCUUAAACCACUGGAACAUAACUUCAUUUUCCUCAGGACCCUGGUACAUUGGUUGCCAGUUUUUACUUUACAGCCUUCUGCAACAAUACUCAAAACAUGUCAUGUCACAGACUUGUUUGGGGAAAGUUUUCAUUGUUAAAAUCAUGUUUUGGAAAGCCUAGCUGUCACGUCAUUGUGACGAUUUUUGGUUACCGUAGUCUCUGGUAUGCACUGUCAGGAAAAUAAUGUCGUAUUUGGUGAAGACCAUCAAUACGCGACUACUCGGUCAUUGUCUUUGUUGAUGAAAAUAUCUGAUACAACUUUUUUUUUUUUUUUUACUGUAUUAAUACUUGUUCAGUUUUGUACUAAGUUCUAUUUGUGUCUGCCAAAGGUACUGUGGUGAUGUCAUUUUGUGUAUUCAGGGGCAUCUACUUAAAAAGAAACAGCUGUGAAAUUAGUCCUUUUUUUUUUUUUUUUGUCGUCUGCAUCUUCUGUAUCCUUGUACAAAUACACCUGAUUUGCUGUUAGUGAUAUUUUUUUAACAAUAUUACCUUAACGGCAUUGAACCGUUUUCAGGAACACCAGACCAACCUAUGGAUGUUAACCAUGGAAAUACUGACACUCUGUAUGUUCAGUAAAAUGUGCUGGUAAUGGAACGAGCCAAGAAACGCCAUCGGAACACGUAUUGUACGGACCUCAGCCUCUUCAAGUGUUUGUUGCUGCAGUCUACUGUUCAUGAGAUGUAUUGAGGCACCCAAUAGAUGUGAAACUCUUUACAUGCUGAUGGAUUGAACUAGGUUUAGCACUUGUAUCAUAACAGAAGGGAAGCAAUUCAAUGAAAUGUAACUUUUUUUUUUUUUUUAAGCUUGAACAAUCAAUACUUAAAUGUUUUUUGAAUGGAUUGGAUUUGGCUCCUUGGAGAGAAGUGGAUGUUCAGACACUAAAGGAAAGAUUUAUCUUGAUGGCAGAGUACAGAUUGACUCAGUGAUUAUUUGCUGACUAAAUACAUUUUAAACUGUUUCUCAAUACUGGUUAUCACCUGUGUUUGUUUUAUAGCUGUACAUAGUACCAUAUGUAUAAAAAGAAGAAUAUGCCACUACUACUUGAAAUUGUUAUUGCUUCAUUCCAAAAAAGGCAGUUUUUUAUGUGAAGCUCGUUUUUCUACAAUACAGUAUUUCCUCACUAGAUUUGUGAUGUGAAUGUCAUUUUUGUAUUGAGUUCAAAUAAAAAAAGCCAUCAUGCAAGUU